CAACAAGAAGACGGUUAAGACCUGAGCUUGCUAUAAUUUAUUAGUUUAAUAGCAGUUUUUUUCAAAGGUUUCAAGAUUACUACAUACACUUCAAUUUGCAAAUGUAUAAAUUUCUAUUUUUAGUUUAACUUUUAGUUUUAAAUAUCGUCUGCUUGUAUAUUGAUUUGCUGUGAUAGGUAGAGUUAAGCAUUGAGUUUAAUGAAGAACAUUUCCCUCAGAAUGUCAGAGUCCAACAGAUUUGUAUUCAUGAGGGGCAGAGAAACUUGCAGCUGUUCUUCAAAAACUUGUUUCACGGUGCUGUUUCAAAACUUACUGCCGGUAGUUUGUUUUGUUAAUUAACAAAGUUUUGUGGCCUGGAGUUAGUUUUUGUCCAUGCUUUAACACACUUUGUUGAUGACAAUUCUAUUUUUAGCAAGAUGCUGUUCUCCUCCCAAAGUGGAAGGGAUUUAGUUUCUUUUCUUUUAUAAUAUUUGUUUUUGCCACAACUCUUAUGAGUCUCUCCAAAUCUCACAACUCAAAUUCCUCUGUCUUCUUGGGUAAUCGGAUGUUUCAUCUUUUUCUUCAAGAACCAGUGACACGUUCAUUGGUAACUGAUAAAUUUCUCAUUACAUUUUCUUGAGUGACAAUGAUCUCGAAUUUGAGAGAAAGUAUGGAGAGAAACGAAUUAAGAGAAGGCCCUAUAGCUAUUGCAGUGGACAAAGAUAAAACAAGCUGUCAAGCUCUUAAAUGGGCAGUGGAACAAUAUAUACCACGAGACAGAACAAUAAAACUUGUUCAUGUCGUCCAAAGAUCUACAACGAAUCCAAAUGGACAUUCUACAGAUGAUGAAUUGUCUGGCAAGCAACAGAAUGAUAAAGGAAGUCGUCAGUUUCUUCCAAUGCGUUGUCUUUGCAUGAGACGGAAUAUACAAAGCGAAGUAGUUAUGCUUGAAGAUCAAGACGUAGCGAAAGCGUUGAUUGAAUAUAUUAACCAGAACUUUAUUUCUACAUUCUUGCUAGGUGCCUCGUUGAAGAAGAGUAUUACAAGGCUUUUUAAAGUAGAUGACAUACCAAGUAAUGUGAUGAGAUGGGCUCCAGAGUUCUGCACUGUCUUAGUCAUAUCAAAGGGAAGACUAUCAAGUGUACGUCCAGCCACUAGGCAUUUACCUCAAGGCUUGCCUUCUCCUUCUUCAGGGACUGCACCUUUGUCACCACUCAGCAACACUGAUGAGGCUCCCUCUGAGAUGUCAUUGUCAAGAGAAGACGAUGUUUUCUUUGAGGAGUUCUCAUCCCUUGGCACAGAUUCUUCUACUGUGAACAUUAGUGACAGGAUCAGUACAGAUAGUUCGGUUCUCUCCUUCUAUGAUAAACUUGGGACUCCAAACAUGUUGGAGAUUCCUAGAUUCACAGGUCUGGAGGAUGAUAAAUCCAAUCUUUCGAUAUACCUUAACAGUCCUGAUAUAAAGCUGAUGGAUGAAGCCGAGGCUGAGAAGAGAAGGCUGAAGAAAGAGCUGAAGGAGACAAUGAACAUGUACCAUGCAGCCUGCAGAGAAGCCCUCAUGGCAAAGGAGAAAGUAGCAGAGUUAGAGAUAUGGAAAAAGAAAGCAGGGAAAAGGCUUCAAAUGGCUGAGGAAACAGCAAAAAUGGCCAUCAUGAAGAUGGAGAAGAGAGAACUGGAGGUAAAGCCAAGAGUGGAGGCAGAGAUGAAGGUUAGAGGGAGUAAUGACAGAAAGGUGGUUCUGGAUUCUCCUGGAGAGUCUCAUAUGGUGGUAAAAUAUGAGAGCUUGCUCCAAAUUGUAGUUGUACUUUUCUUGUUCUAUUUUUAUUUCACACUCAGACAAUCCUCUUUCUUGUGAUUGGAGUUGGGAGAUCAGUAACAAUGUCAUCUGCUUCAGGACAAGUUGCUCAUUCAUUAUUCUCUUGUAUAGAUCAAUCUUAUUAUAUUUGUUCACU